AUGUCCAAGUACGGAACUAUAGGUGUAUGCUCCACCACCCCGCCGCCCGAGGGCUCGCCAUCCACCACGCUCGACUCCACCUCCAGCGCCGAGGCCCCCGGCGGCGCGCCCGCGCUGGCUGUGCUCCGCCCCUGGCGCGAGCUCGCGGACCCGCGCGCGCUCUCCGUCCCGGGGGGCCUCGCCGACGCCUGCCACCGCGCGCGCGCCAACCUCGAGCGCUACGCCGCCAACUACGAGCUCGUUGUCGUCGUCGUCGUCUUGGUCUCCCUCUCGGGCAGCCCCUCCACCAGCUCAUCGUCCUCUCCUGCCUCCUAGUCUGGCGCCGCAAGUCCUUCCCCGCGCUUUUCAUGUUCUCGAACUUCAUGCUACUGCAUCUCGACGGCACCGCGGCGAUCGUAGAAAUCUCGCUGCCCGUGGGGCUCCUGAUCGUCGUGGCUCACGCCGCGCUGCACCUACCCACGGCGGACAGCGUCGACGAGAAGGAUGGGCUGGGCGACAAUCCCGAACCGCCGUCCACAGAUUAGCGUGAGCCGCUGCUCGAUCGUCGACCUUCUUAUUGUCUCUUGGUUAGUUGAUGUUCAGGGUGUUCUUCAUCUGUUUGUGCUUAAAUAUGCGUUAUCUGUAUAAUUAUUCCCUUUAGAUGAUUUCGUAGUGAAAUCAUGUUUUCGGAGUGAUCAACCUCAACCUGAAGUUGAUUUAGGCUCAAUUAUUUGGCACUUUGCACAA